UUAAUGUUGCUCACAAGACGCUGAUACUAUUUUUGUUUUUCUUUCACUUUUAUUCCAUUUCCUUUUUUAACAGAGAAUAUGUAAUUACUACAGUUAUCUAGUCAGUUGCAACCUACUUCCGUGUUUAGCGGUGCUUUCCAAGUUUUCAAGUAGAUACGUUUCUUCGGGAUGAAGUCAGCAAAAAUUGGUUCCUUACUAAAUACGCACAACGAUUCGGACUCAGGUUAUGUCAAUAAAAACUCCACAGGUGUGCUACCUGUGCUCCCCCUGGAAGUCCUGGAGGAGAUGUUCCUGAAUGUUCCUCCACACCAGUUGGUGUGGGUCUGUCGACUGGUGUGUCGAGAAUGGAAACAGUUAGUAGACAGUGAUUCUCUUUGGAGAAAGAGGUGCCGAAGAGAGGGGUAUCUGCCAUGUGAUGCCGCUAAGCUACCCAAAGAUUGGCGUUUGUUUUAUUUCUUGUGUAUAAAGAGACGUAAUCUUAUCAAGAACCCCAAAGCAGAUGAUAAAUUUAAUGACUGGCAAAUAAUAAAGAAUGGAGGGGAUAAAUGGUCAAUUGAAUCCGUGGGAGUGCCACUUCCUGAUACUACCGUCCAAAGAUUCUUUGUAACUUCUUACUCGCCCUGUUUGAAGCUUCAGCUGAUUCACUUGGAGAAAGAGGGUUACAGUCCUUCUUUCAUGGAUGAAUUUCAACCUGACAUUGUAAUAUCUGACUGGUAUGCUCCACGCUGGGACUGUGGUUCUCAAUAUGAGAUCUGUGUGGAAUUGCUGAAUCAUAAGAAGAAAACAAUUGAGAAGUUUAAUCCAGCUCCUGUCAUCUUUGAACAGUGGAAUGAUCAGAAAUGGAAUCAGAUGACUCAUGUGUUCAAGAAUUAUGGACCUGGUGUGCGAUACAUCCGAUUUGUUCAUGGAGGAAAGGACACUCAGUUCUGGGCUGGUUGGUAUGGAAUUCGGGUCACCAACAGUAGUGUCGAGAUAUGCCCAUCGGUCGACCGAUAGCUGUCGGUGUUCCUGUUUAUUCUACCAAGAAGUUACAUGUGAACAUUGUGCAUUCCUGACAGCUUUUAACAUCUGAAGCUUUCUGUAAUGGAAUACUACCCUUUGUUUAUGGUUAUUGAGACAAUAUGUAUUGUUGUUUCCCUGUAGUUAUUAAUUAUAUUGGAUGUGGAAAUGUUCAUUUGUUUGUGUCUCUGAAUUGCACAGAUCAAUGCAAACGUGCACAGUAUGUUCCCGGAGUACCACGAAGACAGACCAAAUAAGGGAAGAUGUGAAUGGAAAUUUGAAUGUACAGAAAUGUCUGAUCUAUUUUAAGGCGAAUGACACCUUGGUUGCACUCAUCUAAUUUUCAAAAUAUCAAUACCAAGGGUCCUCAACUCUUACCGUUUGAGGGCCGGAGCCUGCCAGAUUUCUAUUAAUUGCAUCCACCUUUUGUCCUAUGUGUAAACCAGUCACUGUUAGUUGAAAUGUGAAAAAAGAGUUCCAGAGUUGUUUGAGGUAUCUGAAUGAAUGUAAUUGCAAUAUGUAUAUCGAGAGGUUACAGGGAUUACAUGUAUUUAGAUAAGAAACAUUACGUUUUUGUAAGCUUAAAUUCUAGUGCCUUAACUGUAUUUUCCCUUUUCUGAUUUUUUUAUGUAACAUUUUGACUAAACGUUGUCAGAUCUUUAACCAAUACCUUAUAUUCAGUUAAUCAGUGGAACCUGAGUGUACUCUCCUAAAAUUAUUUCAUUUCAUUAGCAGUGUUGGUGCAAGAUACACUCUUCUGGUAGAACUGGUUUUGCUACCUUUAGCUAAGUGUUUCACACCAUUUACUUACCAAACAUUAUUUUGGGUGCAUCCUAAAAUUUGAACUGAAGGCUUCUGUUGUCAUCUGAAAAAAGUUGCUUUCCCCUAUAAGUUAGCAACAUUUCUGGGUUUUGAAUAAAAUUAAAAAAAAAAAAUUUUUACAUUUUGUUUUCUUUUUAAUAUCAGGUUUUGAAUGAAGAUCUGAAAACAUUCAAUGACAAAAUGGAAAAUGAAAAUAUAGAAACUGGGCUAAAAUGUCAAUGUACAUAUUGUAGGCUACUAGAUGUAUUAUCCUGUAUAAAAUGUUUCUUGAACCUUUUUCUUUUGUGAAUAAGGUUCUAAAAAACACAACUAAAACACA